AUGCGUACAGCCAGCCGUGCCCGGUUCGGUUCCCCUUUCCUGGCCGGAGGCGCGGAUUGGACCCACAGGCGGGGCAUGAUGGUGGUCGGUACCGGCACCUCCUUGGCGCUGUCCUCCCUCCUUUCCCUGCUGCUCUUCGCUGGCAUGCAGAUAUACAGCCGCCAGCUGGCGUCCACCGAGUGGCUCACCAUUCAGGGGGGCCUACUGGGCUCCGGCCUUUUCGUCUUCUCUCUCACCGCUUUCAAUAAUCUUGAGAAUCUGGUCUUUGGUAAAGGAUUCCAAGCAAAGAUCUUCCCUGAGAUUCUCCUCUGCCUGCUGUUAGCACUCUUUGCAUCUGGCCUCAUCCACCGAGUCUGUGUCACUACCUGCUUCAUCUUCUCCAUGGUUGGUCUCUACUACAUCAACAAGAUCUCCUCUACUCUGUACCAGGCAACAGCUCCAGUCCUCACACCAGCCAAAGUCACUGGCAAGGGCAAGAAGAGAAACUAACCCUGAGUGUCCAAUAAAGUUUUUGUAAUUCUGUCUACGA